CUCUCUUUCUCUCUUUCUCUCUUUACUCUUUAUUUAUUAUUGUUCAUUUUUAUAAUACAAUAAUAACAAAAUGGAUCCUACAAAGCAACAUGGCAAAGUAAAAGACGAAGAAAUUGCAAACUUAUAUUCCAGUCUACAAGCUGUUAUUGAAAGACCACUUCCGAGUAACAAUAAUAAUAAUAAUAAUAAUAAUACAAAAAGUACCGAUGAGGCCAAGUUCAUUCCUCCACCUCCAUCACUACCCAUCUCACCGAGCUCCUCUUCUCCGAUCAUUCAAUUAAAGCCAGCAGCAACAACUUCACUUACCACGCCAAGAGACAGCAAUCUUGAUUGCCCUUGCCAAAAGAUUAUUGACAAACAAGAUAUCAGAUAUUGUGCUCUGUGUCGUUCAACUAUACCUAUCAUCGAAGAGCUGUUGUCCGAAAAGAAUAACCAUGAAAAUGAAAUUGCUAUACUCGAAGAGCAAUUGAAACAUGAACAAUCCAAGAUUGCUGAGCAAAUGGAAUCUAUCAAAGAACUCAACAGUCGUUUAGAGCAAGUCACCUUAGAAUUAGAUGAUAAAACAGCCAAGUUUCAAGCAUUACAAAGCGAUAUGGAAUUAUUGAAUGACAAAUACGUAGAUGAAAUCGAACGGGUAGCAGAAAUACAACAUUCAAAAGAUAUGGUUGAAAGUGAACUUGAAGAUUUAUCACGACGUCUAUUUGAAGAAGCUAACGGUAUGGUUGCUAAUGAAAAAAGAGAAAAACACAACUUGGAAAUAGCACAUAAGCACUUGGAAAAUCAACUACAAGAGACAAGAGAAAGGUUGGCAGCUGAGCAGAUGCAACUGAAAGAACUACGAAAGAGAAUGGAAGAAAUGAUGAAAAAUAAUACUAACGAAGAUAAUAAUGAUAUGCCCAAGACACCAGAUCAUGUCAAGGAUAUUACUGCUUUAUUAUCCGAAAAGAUGUCACAGCCAUUGAAUGGAAAGCAUAUCGAAAUUGAUUCACUCAUGUUGGAAGAAUUUAAAGAGUUUGUUGAAACAGGAAAAUCGGUGCCUCUUAAAAAGAUUCAUUCAAUACCAUUCAUGAAGAACUGUCAAGAAGAGGAUGUCGAAGCCUGUCUUAGAUUUGGUCCAAACUCUCGACUGUCAGCACGCAAGGUUAAUGAAGCGAUUGCAUUAAAUAGCUGCUUCAUUGAAGAGGCUCCUCAAGGGUUCGCAGAAGAACAAGCCAAGAGACUAGUAAGCGAGAACCCGUUGAAGAUCUCGGCAGCCAAAUCAAUGAUGUGGGAAAGAUUUAGUAAUAGUAAUAAUCAAACAACAGUGUUUAGUGGAUGUCAAGCAUGCGGAAGGAACGAUGGUACAGCGUUACCUUACCGCUUUAGAAUAUCUUACUUUGAUGACUGGGCAUGUAUUGAUCGAUUUUGCCGUGAUAGACUGGUGGCUGUUUGUGAAUUUUAUGUGUUGAUUAGAAAUAUAAGACAAGGCUUAUAUAGUAAUAGAAGUAUACCAGAUCUUUAUCACGAAGCUAUGCGUUUACGACUACAAAUGUUUUAUGCAAGAAUGGGUGCUUUACCAUGGACUUUGCAAACCUCAGACUCAAAUGAUGAGCCCAAGGUGAUCACCUCAGAGUCUUGUCCUCUACCAAAAACUGAAAAAGUCAUAGAUGAUAACAAUGUCCGAAGAGGAAGCUUAAAUAUCGUUCAAUCGUCUACCCAAGAAACAAAGGAUGAAGAAGAAUAAUAUACUUUUUUUCUCUUGUACAUAUUUUAUCCUAUAUUCAAAAUUAAAAAAAAAGAAGAAGCUAUCGAG